AUGCAACCUCACCUAGAACUUCAUCAAUCCUUUGGUAAACCAAUUUCUGAACCUUCUACUUAUAGAAGGCUGCUUGGUAGCUUGUUAUAUCUUACACACACUCGUCCAGAAAUAGCUUAUACUGUGAGCAAACUCUCCCAAUUUCUUGCAACUCCCACUGACAAACACAUGCUUGCUGCUAUUCAUGUCUUAAAAUACCUCAAGAACCAUCCUGGUCAAGGGCUUCUCUUUAAAUCCAAUUAUGCCCUACGUUUAACUGGCUUUUCUGAUUCAGACUGGGGGGCUUGUCCUGACACACGACGCUCUACCUCCGGCAUUUGCUUCUUUCUUGGUGAUUCUCUCAUUAGCUGGAAGAGCAAGAAACAAGCAGUCAUCUCCAAAUCAUCUUCUGAGGCUGAAUAUCGAGCAUUAGCACAUGCAACAUGUGAAGGCAGAUGGCUGACUUUGCUCCUUCAUGAUUUCCAUUUAUCUUCCACUUCACCUAUCAUCCUUUAUUGUGACAAUAAGUCAGCUAUGCACAUUGCUGCGAACCCUGUGUUCCAUGAACGUACAAAGCAUAUUGAGAUUGAUUGUCACGUUGUACGUGAACGUGUUCUUGAUGGAACCAUCCAUUUGAUGCCUGUCACGACACAUGAACAAGUGGCUGGCAUUUUCACUAAAUCUCUCCAUUUGCGUUCCAAGCUUGGAAUAUUUGAUAUUCAUUCCAGCUUGAGGGGGGCUGUGAAUGAUACAGUUAUAGAAGAAGGUUCCACGUGUACUAAAUCUAACUAA